GAAGACUAUAGAGGAGCGCGAGGCGAGGAGGACAACAUCUCGGGAAAAAAAACAAGGACAAGAAAUUUACCUCCAAUAAACAUGUUGGAUUCGCUCACAUUACUCCUGGAAAAAGUACUCUUCCUCACUCACCUCAAUGUCUUCAAUCAGUUCAGGACCAGUCUUUUUUCAGACACACAGAGAGAGAGGGAGAAGAAGAUAGUUACAAAUCACUGCGAGAAAGAAGAGGUCCCCGAUCCCUCCGCCUGCACCGCACUCACAGACUCCCUGUACCAGCGGGGAGACUUGUUAGAAGUUCCCCGGACUCUAUUCACUCAUUUCGGCAUCUAUUUAGGGGACAACCGGGUGGCACAUCUGAUUCCGGAUAUCUUGCCACUCUUUACAACGGACAAGCUUUCCAUUCAGGUGAUGGUAACUAACAAACGCUUAGUUCUUGGCGUUCUAUCCAAGAGCGCCAGCAUCCGGGUGGAUACCGUUGAGGACUUUGCCUACGGCGCGUCAAUUCUACUGAACGCAAUGGACUCUACCGUGCAGAAACGACCGUUGGAUGGCGAAGAGAUUGCGAGGAGAGCGGAGGAAAUGGUUGGGAAGAUACCGUACAGUUUACUGUGGAAUAACUGUGAACAUUUCGUUACUUACUGCCGGUACGGCAGCGCAAUCAGCAUUCAGACAGACAAGUUCUGUGAUUGGCUGAAAUCUGUCAUUCGGGAUCAUAGGAGUGUUCCGCUGACGGCGUUCCUGGGAAUUCUGUCUAUUCUCAGUCUGGGAAUGUCCCCUUACACCACGCUUCCCACCCUCCUCAUCCCCUUCACCCUCUGGAUGGCAGGCUGAUACCUGGGAAUUCUGUCUAUCCUCAGUCUGGGAAUGUCCCCUUACACCACGCUUCCCACCCUCCUCAUCCCCUUCACCCUCUGGAUGGCAGGCUGAUACCUGGGAAUUCUGUCUAUCCUCAGUCUGGGAAUGUCCCCUUACACCACGCUUCCCACCCUCCUCAUCCCCUUCACCCUCUGGAUGGCAGGCUGAUACCUGGGAAUUCUGUCUAUCCUCAGUCUGGGAAUGUCCCCUUACACCACGCUUCCCACCCUCCUCAUCCCCUUCACCCUCUGGAUGGCAGGCUGAUACCUGGGAAUUCUGUCUAUCCUCAGUCUGGGAAUGUCCCCUUACACCACGCUUCCCACCCUCCUCAUCCCCUUCACCCUCUGGAUGGCAGGCUGAUACCUGGGAAUUCUGUCUAUCCUCAGUCUGGGAAUGUCCCCUUACACCACGCUUCCCACCCUCCUCAUCCCCUUCACCCUCUGGAUGGCAGGCUGAUACCUGGGAAUUCUGUCUAUCCUCAGUCUGGGAAUGUCCCCUUACACCACGCUUCCCACCCUCCUCAUCCCCUUCACCCUCUGGAUGGCAGGCUGAUACCUGGGAAUUCUGGAAAAUCCAUAAUGAAAAUGUCAUUCUGGAAUUCUGUUUAAUUUCAAUAGGAAUAUAAUAUGUAUAUAGAUGUGUAUAUAUAUAAAUAAAUAAAAUCUCCAGAAAU